CACAGAUGUAAGCGUUUAGAUGCUUCAGACCAAAGUCAGGUCAAGUUAUUAAAUAAAAGAAAACAAUGGUUUUCAUCUCCACCGUUUUGCGUGCUCUAAGAGACCAUUACACACCAACGCCCAAAUGGAUGUUUGCGCUCAAAUCCCCGUCCAGAUUGUACAAACGCAAUCAAAUGAAACGCAUGGGCGCUAAAUACUCCGGAAGAUCACGCAACUGCUACAUCUUGGGAGUUUUACGAUCAUUGCGAGCCAUGCGGUAUUCAACAAAAGGGUUGGAAUCUAAAGAAGAAACACUUGAUAGGUUGUAUGAGACCAGAAUCACGGCUGCCUGUUUGGAGCACGGGAUGGACAAGAACUACUUCCUCACUUCACUAGCAGAGAAUGAUAUCAACCUCAAUAGGGAAACAUUGUCAAAUCUUGCAAUAUAUGAACCAAGAACAUUUCAGAGUCUUGUUCAGUUUGUAAAAGAAAGAUCAGAAGAGAUAGGCUUACAGAGUAAAAAACUGGGUUAUGUGUACGGCACAGAAACUCGGGGAAUUCUAGAUGAGGUUCGAAAACAUAGGUGGAACCGAGGAGAUGAAGUGGACUAGCUUUAAUAAAAUUAUUUUGAUAUUAUUGUAAUUUUUCUUUUAUUGAAUAAAGAUUAUGUCACAAAGCA